AUGCAUCGCAGCUCUAACUCAGCUUUCGAGCCACCACCGCACAGCAGCCAGAUCGAUUGGAUCGGAUCAGCCGCUCCGCUCCGCUCCGCAACGCAUCGGACCACUUCCGAAGUCGCCUUGGUCGCUGCGAUUCGCUGCCCCGGCACAUCCGACGCCCAUCGUCGUCCAUCUGGACUCAGCAUCAUCCUCCCGGCCGACUGGUUGCCAACCACCCUCGCUCUCGCUCCCGUCACCAUCCGAUCACUCGCUGUCACUGCCGCUGCUGCUGCUGCCGCUGCCGCCGUCCAUCCGGCCUAG